AUGGAUAUUGAUGGAGAUUCUUCAGGUUCAAGUGAUGAUGAAAUGGCAGAGAUGCUAAUGAUUAAUAUGGUUUAUGAUUAUUACCAGAAUCAUUUGAAUAAAACAGUGAUGAAUGAUUCUAAAUUGUCUGGUCGUGAAUUUGUUAAUGAAAUAUUGAAUGGAUCAGGAACAGUUUGCUUUGAUUUAUUUCGAAUGAGGAAGCCAUGCUUUGUUAGAUUCUGUAAUGAGUUGAGGGAGAAAAACUACUUAAGUGACUCAAGGGAUGUGUUUGUUGAUGAAAAAGUUGCAAUGUUCUUAUUCAUUCUUGGUCAUGGUGUUCGGCACAGAGUUGUUGCAAAUCGCUUUCAGCAUUCCACGCAAACAGUUUCAAGUUGUUUUAAGGAAGUUUUAAGAGCAGUAUGUCGAUUGGGGAAAGAGCUUAUAAGACCAGAUUCCACAAACUUGCCUGAUAGCAUUAAAAGUAACCACAAGUACUAUCCGUGGUUCAAGAAUUCCAUAGGUGCAAUUGAUGGUACACAUAUAAGUGCAUGGGUUCCUGCUGACAAACAAAUGUCAUGUAGAGGUAGAAAGACAACAAUUACACAAAAUGUUAUGUGUGUUUGUGAUUUCAAUAUGAUGUUCACAUAUGUAUAUUCGGGAUGGGAAGGAAGUGCACAUGAUGCUAAGGUAUUUUUGGAUGCACUUACCAAUCCUAAUGCAGAAUUUCCUUGGCCACCUAGAGGCUAUCCAUGUACUGGAGGCUUUCUUCCACCUUUUAGGGGCGAAAGGUAUCAUGCACAAGAAUAUAGAGGACAAGGUAGACAACCUAAGAACCGUGAAGAGUUAUUCAACUAUAGGCACUCAUCCCUACGAAUGACAAUUGAGCGUUGUUUUGGAGUAUUGAAAAACAGGUUUCCUAUUCUAAAGUUGAUGCCUUCAUAUAAGCCUUGUAGGCAACCACUUAUAGUAACUGCAUGUUGUGCUAUUCAUAAUUACAUACGCAAGUGGAAUUUGAAUGAUGAACUAUUUAGGAUGUGGGAAGAACUAGAUCCCGCGGAAUUUAAUAGCAUGAAUGAAGGUUCUAGCACUGCAGGAACAACCUCACAUGAUGACAAUUUAGCAAGACUAUCUAAUGAAGGUGCAACUGAAAUGGCAAUGCAAAGGGAUCAAAUUGCUGAUUUGAUGUGGGCACAUUAUGACAUUGAUAAUUGA